AUGUGGCUGCAGACGGGCGGACUUGCAUUACGUCGUCCAGACAUUGGCGUACUUCAAGUCGGCGCCAAAGCAGACAUUUUGGUGUUCAAUAGCGACCCACCUAAUAUGCUGGGCUGGAGCGAUCCUGUCGCUGCCGUUAUACUGCAUGCCAAUCCAGGCGACAUUGAGCAUGUGCUAGUUGACGGGCAAUUUAGGAAGCGUGGCUUCAAGCUGGUUGGGGGAGAAGGAACGAAAUGGGAGUGGAGCGAUGUUCGCAAGAGGUUCUUGGAGGCUGCGAAAAGGAUACAGCCGCUGGUCAAUACACCAACUAAAGUGCCUGAAAAGCUAUGGGGAAUGGCUGACUUGGGUGAUGUGGAAGUCGCGAGUACUGUAGUAUGA